AUGGCAUCUUACAAUGUGCCAGCGACCGCCCCUCGACCUGCGGUUUAUGGAGGACCUGUCCCAAUACCAGAUCCUUCGGCACCCCCUGGAACUUUCGCACCCGGAACAAAAAUCCAAGUCGGAUCUCACAAGGUCGUUAUUCAAAAGUACUUCUCGGAAGGGGGGUUCGCUCAUGUCUACCUGGUGAAGAUGCCAAAACCCAUCGAUGGGACAGAUAUUGCCGUAUUGAAAAGAGUCGCGGUCCCUGAUAAGGAACAUUUGGCAAAUAUGAGAACCGAAGUGGAAACCAUGAAGAAGUUAAAGGGACACCGCCCAAUUGUUACAUAUUACGAUUCACAUGCAUCACAACUGAAAGGGGGAGGGUACGAGGUAUUCUUACUUAUGGAAUUUUGCAAUGGCGGUGGUUUGAUCGAUUUCAUGAAUACUCGACUUCAAAAUAGAUUGACGGAACCCGAAAUUCUAAAGAUAUUCUCAGACGUGGCAGAAGGAGUAGCAUGCAUGCACUACCUCAAACCUCCCCUUUUACAUCGAGAUCUGAAAGUUGAGAAUGUCCUCAUAACUUCUACCGGUCCUUCUCGAAGAUUUAAGCUCUGCGACUUUGGUUCCACUGCACCACCUCGACCUGCUGCUACGACCGCUGCUGAAUGCAGAUUGAUCGAAGACGAUGUUCAAAAACAUACGACAUUACAAUAUAGAAGUCCUGAGAUGAUAGAUGUAUACAGGAAAUUACCAAUUGAUGAAAAGUCGGAUAUUUGGGCACUAGGGGUACUUCUUUACAAGUUGUGUUAUUAUACUACACCAUUCGAGGCUCAGGGACAACUUGCUAUAUUGAACGCAAGUUUUAAAUUUCCCUCGUAUCCAAUGUUUUCGGACCCCCUUAAGAAUUUAAUAGCAUCUAUGUUGAAAGAGAAGCCAACAUCUCGUCCCAAUAUAUACCAAGUUUUGAGGGAAUCAUGUCUCAUGCAAGGAAUCGAGGUUCCAAUUAAGGAUAUAUAUGCUGGAAGAACCCAAUCAGAAUCGCGACAAUAUCAGCAAUUACCAACUGCCGAGUCUCCAACAUCACCUCCAGUCGUGGGAGCAGUCUUUGCGCCUCCAACGCAACAGCAAACAGUUAUACCUGAUGUCGUACCAAUGCGAAGAGGAAGACCCACGGCUAAUUCACAGCCACAAUCUACAAAACCUAGUCCGUCUCCAAUGAGAGGCACAGUUAGUGAUCCAUUUGCCGCUUUGGAUUCUACAACUUCUGCUCCAGUUGUAGACGAAAUCUCCAAUCGAUUUCCAAGCUUAGAUCAGUUUUCGUUACUUCAUGAAGGAGGCAAAUUUGAUUUUGGAUCAAACUCACCCGCAAAGACAGCACAACCUGUUAGCAAACGAGUUACAGAAAGAUUAGCUGAUGAUGCAUUUGCCAUGUCAAAUCGACCAGGAUCAUCAACUUCAACCAAUAAGCCAUCUCGUGCUCAACAAAUUCUAUCCAGUAAUCCGCUAGAGCUUCAAACAUCAGAUGUACCGGCUACCUUAAUAUAUCAGCCCACACCUACUCACCCUGGUGUGAAAUCCUCAUAUGUAUCCCAAGGUACAAUGACAACACCAACUCCUCCACCUGCAAAUCCACGACCUUCUAAUUUCACCGCUUCUCCACGUCUCAUUCCAUCAGAUCAUCAUCGAUCAACUAGUUUACCACGAAACCAAAUGACAACUCCAUCUAGAACACCGACUCUUGAAGCACAAGAAUUCCUACCUGUUCAUCCUGGCUUACCUCGAACUUCUUCAUACAAUCCACAAUCUACUCAUUCAAAACAUUCAUCAUCAUCUAGACCAUCACUCGAAAUGGGUAGACCCAGUAAUGAAGCUCUUGAAAGUACUAUAUCUCGAACAAAAUCCAGCCUGAGUCGAUCACGUCCAUCGAGUCAAUAUUUGGAAUCCAACAUGGACUUCCUUCGAGAAAAGGAAGGUCGUCCCUCCAUUGAUUCUCAACGACGUCCAUCAUAUUCUAGGGAUUUUGCAGUCACGGAUUCAACUGAUGAUGAUCCUCAAUCAAAUGUCGACUUCCUUAAAUCAAUGGAAGAUAAUGAAAGGGUCAAGAAAGAUAGACGUCGAAGUAGUGGUUCAAAGUCCAAACGUUCUAGUAUGCCUACGAUUUCGUUGUCUGGAACUAAAAAUCUGUUGGCGGGUAAAUUUGGAGAUGCUUUCAAAAGAUUUGAAAAUAAUGCUAGUGCUCCGCCGGGUCCAAGAACUCCAAGUCCUCUGCAUGAUUUAGAUCGACGUGACUUGACACCAAUCGCUGGAUCCGAGGCAACAGAUGAUAGAAGUGAUGAUGGAACGGUAGAUGACAAUAUGACACCAGAGCAAAGAAGAGAAAAUGAACGAAGGAGAUUAUCAAUUGAAGAAAAACGUGUUUCUGAUGCAGCAGCCGAAUAUCGAAAACGACUUGCAGAUCGUGGUGGUGCACCAGCCCCAAAAAGUAUUGGUGGUGUAACCCGAGCUGCAAGUAUUCAACACAAAGUCAAAAGUCUCUUGGAUGAAAAUAGUCAACAACCCUCCCCAAAGAAAACAGCAGAAGGUUAUGGAAGAUAUACCGAUAUACCAGGUCAACCUAAUCCUUUACCAACCGGAAAUCCAUAUGGAAAACCUUCUGUAAUUCGCAAAGCAGCUCAACCAUCAGUCCCUUCAUCCGAUCUCAACUAUACCAAACCUCGUCCUCAACAAAUACCUCCUCAAUUACCAGUCACUAAAACAGGACCAAGACCAAGUGCCCCUCCUAAACCUACACAUCUCAAUAAUAUGAAUACGGGAGGUGGUCUUGCUGUCAAUAACUCUCCACCCAAACAAUCAUAUCUAGCUAAUAGAGGUGGAUCUGGGAUUCAACCAAGAUCAGAUAUGACAUCCUUGGAAAAAGAAGAAUAUCUUGCGGAUUUCAGUAAAAGAUUCCCGAGUUUGAGUAGUAUUGAAAUGGUCGAGAGGGAAAUUGAGAGGGAGGGGGAACAAAGUACAGGGUUGGGGUUGGGAAUGGGGAGGAGAGAUGAUAGACCUAGGGUUACUAAGGAAUUGUAA